AUGACGAAUCAAGAAAAUAAUUACCCAAUAAAGCAGAUAUUAAAAACACUUAGGUUGGAAAAGCCAAAGGCUUCCUGCAGCCCUUUUGUAUUUUUUGCUAAAGAUAAACGAAAAGAAGUUACUGAAUCAUUAAAAAACCAGAUAAAUGAAGGAAAUAAGGAAAAAAUGUUCCAGCAAGUAUCUGCAAUCCUUGGUCAAAUGUGGAAAAACGUAUCUCCAGAAGAAAGAGAGUAUUAUGAAGAAUGUUCUCUUUAUGAUAAGUGUAGAUUCAAAGAAGAAAAGCGUAUUUAUAGACAGCAGUUCUUCAAACGUCUUUCAGAAGCUUUACAAGAUGGAUCAAUUCAACCAAAUCAAAUUGAUAUCUCAAUAAUUCCUCCAAUUAAGCAUCCUCGCUCUGCUUUCAUGUUCUUCUCACGCCAUAUUCGUCCAUUACUUAAAGUUCAUGGAGAAUGCGAUAAACCUCAGGCAAUUGGUAAGCCUUUGAGUACAAUGUGGAAUUCAUUGAACGAAUCGCAAAGAAGACCAUUCGUUCAGCUUAAUAUCGAGGAUAAUGAAAGAACUCAAGAAGAUAGACUACAAAGUCAAGAAAUUACAGCUUUCAAAUGA